GAGAAAGGCAAUUCUUAUACAUUCACUGAGCUGCCUGAAACUCUCCCAAACUUGUGAAUCGAAGCCCUCCUACAAUUAUACUGGUCACAAAACUUCCGUGUCUCGAUGUCGUUUGUUGAAAAGAAGGUUAUACAGACCGAGGGUGAUGAUUGGGACUGUCUAGAGGUAAAUUAUCAUGCUCAAAAUCAGAAUCCCGAGACUGAGGAGACUCCGAGAUAGAGAUGAUUCCUCUUUCAUGGUCUUGCUUCUCUUGGGAUUCCAUGAUAUCACGGCGGUACACCCCCGCCUCCUAAGGACCGUUUACUUCACGACCCCUGCUACAUCAUAUGGCUCAUCUCAUAAGGAUGCAAAUGUAUGCUCUACGAUACGCUUCCGAGGGUCUUUGACGACACGACCGUUGGAUGGAAGCAAGUCCAAUCAUAGCCACAAGACUACCGUGACUAGUCACUUGUGUUCGUCGAGCUUAGUUCAGAGUGCUUCCAAACCAAGAAAGGGCACAUCGACCAUACUCACCUUGAAUACUCAGCGUGAUCACAAGAUCCCUGUUGGACUGCGUAUUGACGAGCUUAGUCAAUAAAUGGCAGUGCCUCUGGGACUCUCCAACUCCUCACUAUCACGUGCAUCUUAGUCGCAAGUUGAAUUUGCCUCCAGAACGAAGCCAGACCACCUCCC